GUCUCUUUUGAGAAAGGGGUGACAGAGGAGAGAACAGAGGACUGGACAAGUACAAAGACCAAAACAGACCCCGACUGGACACGAGGAAUAUAGAAGCAGUGUGCAUCCUGAGCUGGACUAUACGCUUAUUUUGCUACAUAAAGAAAAAGAAAGAAAAAGAAAAGGUUGUUUUCAUGCGCCCUUAAAAUCAGUUCCUGAGAUCUGGUUUGACACUGGAUUUUAUUAAUGAUGGAUGAGCCUCAAGACAUUUUUAUUCUAACUUUUGAUUAGGCUGGAUUCAAAAUAGCAUCUGUCAUUUUGCUGGAAUGCCAUCGCCCACUUUUGGAGUCUUUUUACGCACAGCCCAUAUUGUGUUUGGAUGAUUGCAAAUCAUUGCUGCAAAGUUUUUGACGUGUUUUUGGAACUUUUUGUGCGCUAUCAUUCAUUUCGAGUUGCACUAUGAUCCAGCUUGCCUGAUUUCCUAAGUGAAUCCCUAGUAGCCUAUCACAUCUCGCUUGUGACUGGACCUGUAAUAGCAACACAGAUCGCUUUUCGCAGACUGACACGGGUGCCUGCUAAACGGGAGUUGGCACCGUGUAUGUUCUUUCUCAAUCUUUUUGAAAAGUUGUAUAACUCUGGACAACAACAUUAUACCCUCUGAAAUGCUGCCUGUGUCCCUUCUCUUGCUCCUCGUUUUCCACGCUGCGCUCUUUGUGGCCGCGCACGCCGCCGGGGAUCUCCAGGGUUUCACCAUCCCCGGUGGGAGCGCAAGUUUCGACCCAACAGACCCCUGCAUGGUGGUGUAUCCACCAUGUAUGAGCGAGGCAGAUCGCUACAGUCUGGAGGCCCUGCGGAGCAUCCAUCAGAUGAUGGACGAUGACCAAGACGGAGGGAUUGAGGUGGAGGAGAGUGUGGAGUUCAUCAUUGAGGACAUGAAACAGCAGCAAACCAACAAACACAGUCACCUGCAUAGAGAAGACCAACAUAUCACAAUUGAGGAGCUCUGGAGGGGCUGGAAGUCGUCUGAAGUACAUAAUUGGACUCAAGAUAAUGUGCUUCGCUGGCUGAAGGAUUUUGUUGAGUUGCCCCAGUAUGAGAGGAACUUUAAGGACUUUAAGGUCAAUGGAAACACACUCCCCAGGAUUGCAGCCAAUGAGCCUUCAUUCCUGAGUGGCCAUCUGAGGGUUCAGGACCAGAGAGACAAACAGAAGCUCAACAUCAAAGCUCUGGAUGUUGUUCUGUUUGGACCACCUACACGUCCCCCUCAUAACUAUAUGAAGGACCUGCUGCUCAUUGUAUCAGUGGUGAUGGGAGUUGGAGGCUGCUGGUUUGCCCAGGCCCAGAACAAAGUCAGUAAAGUCCACAUAUCCAGGAUGAUGAAAGAUUUGGAAAGUCUGCAGAGGGCUGAACAGAGCCUCAUAGAUCUGCAGGAACAACUGGAGCGAGCACAGGAAGAAAAACGUAAUGUCGCAGAGGAGAAACAGAACCUGGAGGAGAAGAUGAGGGAUGAGAUCAUAGGGGCGCAGGAGGAGGCUUACCGCCUUCACGAGCUGAGGCAGGGAGCUGUCAGUGAGCUCAGCCGCCUCCGAUAUGCAGAGGAAGAGCUGGUGCAGGUCCGUGGAGCACUGAAGCAGGCGGAGAAGGACAUGCAGGCUAGCUGGAAUGCCUCAGAGGCCCUCCAGCUGUGGUUACAGCUGACACAUGAGGUAGAGGUCCAGUUCUACAAUGUCAAGAGGCACAGAGCAGAACUACAGCUUGGCAUCGCCAAGGAAGAGGCAGAGAAGAUUAAGAAGAAGAGGAGUUCUCUGUUCGGGACUCUCCAUGUUGCACACAGCUCCUCUCUGGACCAAGUUGAUCACAAGAUCCUGGAGGCAAAGAAUUCCUUGUCUGAAGUAACUGCCUGCCUACGGGAACGCCUCCAUCGCUGGCAGCAGAUUGAGCGCCUCUGUUGCUUUCCCGUCAUUAGGAAUCCUGGCCUAGCUAACCUCACUGCUCAGCUCUACUCAGAGCCAAUAGCCCUGGGGUUUCCCAGAGUUCCCCAGCCAUCUUGGUCAUGCCAAAGCUCCGUUCAUGGAUCUAUAGAGGAUCUGUUAGAAGAAUCUGCUUCUCCAAUCUUACCACAAAUGACAGUUCCACCACUAAAGCGCUCUCCACGAACACGGGGAUCAACCAUAUGUCGAUCACGUCGUCCUGGCCCGAUCAGUCAGCCACCGGCCGCCAUGAUCUCCCCGGACCCUGACCUUCUUAUCCCCAUCAGAGACCCAUACACAUGCGAGGAAGAGGGGCUCCUCCUGAAAACUCUAAAGAAACAAGACUCCCAAGAGAUGUUCUCAGACACAGAAUAUAUGACUUCACCUCCUCUCAGCAAAAUGUUCCCUAGUCCUACUGUUGAAACUUCAUCUCAAAAGCUCUAUUAUGAUGAAACUGAGCCAUUUUCAGAGACCUCCAUUACACAGAAUUUGAGUAAAGAAGAAGAAGCUGUUGUUGAAUCUCCAGUUCGCAAAAUGUCUGUAGAAGAGCUUGAAGCUUGUGUAGAUAUUUCCUUGGGAAAGAUGGCAAAAGACAAAGUGUUGGAUGCUUCUUUGGAAACCCCCUCUUUGAAGAUGUCCAAAGAAGAGUCUUUGAUUGAGGCUACAUCAAGGAAGAUAUCCAGAGACAGGAGUGAAGUUCACAUGGACUUUGCUGUUAGAAAGGUGCUUUCCAAUGAGUUUGAUGCAGAUUUUCCAGCCAGGAAAGUAGAGAGAGAUACAAUAGGGGAUUUGAUGGAAACCACUUCAAGGAAUGUUUACAGAGAAAUAAGUGAUUUACCUCUGGAUGUGAGAAAGAUUCUUUGGAAAGAAUUAGAAGCAACAACAGAUUUGGCACCAAGGAAGCUAUCCAGUGACAUGAUGGGGACUUCAAUGGACAGUGCCUCAAGAAUGAUGAUACGAGAUGAUGUUGAGUGUCCGUUUGACUCAGUAUCCAGAAGGAUUACAAGAGAUUCAAUGGGAUCGUCCCUAGACACAGGUACUAGAAAGAUUCAAUGGAAUAAAGGAGACUUCCAGCUUGAUUUCUCUGUAAGGGCAUUAGCAAUGGACAAAAUGGUUGAGGCUACUAGAACACCACCAAGAAAGAUAUCUAGAGAUGAGCUGGAGUAUUGUAAAGAUAGUGCUUCUAUAAAAAUGCUACCCAAAGAGAGAUUUGAAGCACUUACGGAUACCUCGUCCUCUCCAGAGAAGCAAGAGUUCAAUAUAGAACCAUCAACAAGUAGAAAGAUACUGAGAGACGAACUUGACAUGUCUGCUGGUUCUCUCAAAAGGAGAAUACUCAGAAUGCCAAGAGAUGACACUGACACUUCCAUAGACACUCCCACAGGAAAGAUCUCCUGGGAGAGAAGUGAUGUUCCAAUGGAAAUACCUAAACAAUCAAUACUGAGGGAGGAGUUGGGAGCAUCCAAAUCAAGUUCAUCUCCAGGUCGAGUUGGACAGCCAGACCUUAUGAUAACCUCCCAGGUACCAUGGGAGUCGCCAUCAGACCUUUUCACUGGCCCAUUGAGCAAGCUUGUGUAUGAUGGAAUCCUUGAGAAGUCCUGCCACUCCGUGGCUACGACCUCAACCAGCCUCUCUGCCUCAACACCCAACCUGCCCGAGAGCAGGCUGCAAGCAGAGGUGGAGCCACCAUUGCCACCACCAAAGAUUGCUUUCCCAUCUCCUGCAUCGGCCACUGAGACUGGACACGAAAAAAACAAGCAUAAGGAAAAGAGCAGGAAAUCCUUAAAGCUCAAAAAUCCUUUUAAAAAGAAGACCGAAUCAACUCCAGAGAAGCCUCAAAGUGGUCUUCAAAAACUCUGAUGAUCAGCUUAGAAUGUUUUCCUCUUUUUCUUUUUAUCAUUAUCAACAUUGAACCAGAAAAUGAGAGUUUUAGAACUUCAUUGACAAUAUCUUGUAUGGAAAGCUGAAGUAGAUUUAUUUUCUCGAAUAAAGUCUUAUGUAGACAUAUGGAUGGUACCAUAUUAUUUUAGAUGCAGAUUUUUUGAGGUUUUGCCUAUGGUUGAAGGAUUGAAUGAUGUUUAACUGAUGCCUUCUUUUCUGUAUAACAGAGGCAAGGCUUGAAUUUAGUUUAAACCUCAACUGAAGACAUGUUUUGUAGUAGAACAUUAAUGCAUUAUAUUCUAAGAGAAAUGUUCUUUAAUUUAGUCAUGUCCCAAUCACAGUUUCACACUGUAUUUGUGUUCUUCCCAUUGGGUCGAGGUGGGUGGGGCUCAGUUGCAAAAAAGACGUGAUUUAACAUCUGUUUUUGCACCAUUCAGGAUUUAGCAACAUUUGAAUCAAAAUCUGAUAACAGUUGUGGGUUUGUUUGAUUAUCCAAUUAUCAAACCACACCAACACAGUCCAGAUUAGGAGAUUAGCAGAGUUUUUUUUAAGGUUUAGACUAUAAAUAAAUAAUAUAUAUGGUAGUUUUUCUCUUAACUUUACA